UUGCUCUUGUGCACCUUUUUAGUCCCCGAUUCUGUCGCUAAAUUUGAACAGGCUUGCUCAGGACUGCUGGCAAGAGAUUUAAAUUGAGAAUAACCUGUUGAUCUUAACCGGUGAUGGUGCAGCCCGCGCGCUAAAAUUCAAGUUGUUCUUUAAACAAAUCACACUGAAAUGUGUUUUGAUCAAAGGGUUAUUUUUUGUAGGAUUAUUAUUUUUAUAUAAUAUAUAUACAAAUAUAAAUUUUAUUUACAUGCACGUGCAUUGUACAUUUCUCAUUGCAACAUCAAGCUUUUUAGUUUUAGAUGAAAGUAUCCAUUCUGCAACCAGAUAUUUUAUUUUACAAUAAUUAAUUUACUUUAUAUUUUCAUUUGUUUUACUGUCAAAUACAAAACGUGAUUUAUUUAAAUGAUUGCUUGCUGCUUAAUAUUUUCCAAGCGCUGUAAUUUGUAUUCCAUGCAUCUUCAGUUAAGUGUUGUUCUCCUGUAAACAACAACAAAAAAAAAACAAUUAAAAAACAAAUAUAAUAAUAAUAUUAAUACUAAAUAAAUAAAUUCAAAUAUAAAAAGCCAAAUAGAUAAAUAAAAAUGAUUGUACUUAAUUGCAGUGCAUACUUUAACAUUUAAUACGUCAGUUGUAAAUAAUCAAAUUCAUAUUUUUUAGCAUUGUUAUUAUUAUUAUUGGUAAAUAUUGUGCUUAUAAGGUUUGUAUUUAAUUUUAUACUAACUAAUGAAUCAGAACAUUAAGCGCUAGUCCAUGACUCAAUAAAUGAAUAAAAAUAACAAUCAAUAAAAUAAAAAUAAACAAGCUGUAGUAAACACAGACCUAGGAAAACUAUUGUCAUGGUCAGGAAUCUGUCAGUGGCGGAUGGGCUAGAUGAUCUGUGAAUUGUACAGGGCUACGCGUAAUUUAAGGAUAAUGAGAUCAUUCGUCUUCACACACACCGCAAAUCUUGUCAAACAAUCCUGAAGUAUUAUUAGGGUUAAGGAAUAUAUUCGUUCACAGUCCACAGCAUGUUAAGAAUAAUUUUCUUUUUAUUAUAGAUUAAAUUAUAAAGAUCAGGGCAGUUUACAUAUUUCUUAUUUUCCAGAAUAGCGCGCGCAGUUUAAGUUGUUUCAAAUCUGGCAUUUUGUAAAUACGCCAGUCCACCUCAAAUGUUAUGUUAUUCAUGUUAAGGUGUUUUAGCUUAUUAAGGUGCAUGAUUAUCAAAUUUCAUGAUGCAAACUAAUUUAGUAAGUCCAUAAUUAAUUUUGAAUAGGCAUACUUUCCAUCAGAUUAAUAGGACACCAUCAGUUUAGGCCUUGCAAUACAACAAUGGGGUAUACAAAGGCCCGAAAAAUAAGGCCAUAGGUGGCCAGCUGCGAAACCGUAAUUUUAAAUGCAAUUUCCGUUCCCCGUUCUGUGGGCGCACUUUCUUGCCUCGUUAUUCUGUGACAUUUGUCGGGUCAACUGAUAAACACGAAUGGUUGUAAUUAUAGCUCCAUAAAACAGAUUUUUUCAUUAAAUGAUCAUUAUAGGGUUCGCCCUAGUUCACAUCCUAUGUGAUUUAAAUCUGAUUGCACAAUGCAAACUCAGAUUACAGUGGAAAUAUAGAAUUGAGAGGAAAUCUCAACAGGCUUGCAUUGAUCAGUUAUCUUUUUUUAAAGGAUGAUCUGUAUUUGAAUGGAAAGGCCAGCUAUUGCCAAGCUGCAACAUACUUGACAAGAUUCUUUAGUGUAUCUUCUAAAACACAUUUUAAACGUUUAAUUAAGGAUAAAUGGGAUUAAACCUCCCUUGUUAAUUGUUCCACCCUAGGUUCAUCAUGGAAUGUUGUGCUUGGCAUAACUAGAGCACGGAAUCACGGACGGUGAUUUCAUGUGCAUCUGUUUUUCAACAUUGAGACGAAACCUGAAGGGAAAUUUCAUGAUUUCACUGCCAGGGCACAUAGCGUGGGAGAGAGAGAGAGAGAGAGAGAGAGAGAGAAAGAGAGAAAGAGAGAGAGAGAGAGAGAGAGAGAGAGAGAUCAGCCACUCUUUUUCCCUUCUUUCUCUCCCUGUGCCGCCGCUGUCUACUGUACAUGUGUUUUCCCAUUCAAACAUGUAUCCUUACUCGGACCUAUUAGGCAUAUGUUAAAGUUGACAGGGCGCACUAUGAAUAUUCUUAUGUAGGCCUAAACUUCAAAGCACAAAAGCUUACAUCUGGCUUGGCUUCUUGAAUAGGAUUUCACGAAACACGAACAGAGCAUGUUUCAAACUCAACAUUAUCUUAAACUACAGUUCUGACUAUUUUGCAGUGUCACGAGCCACUACUGUCUGAACGAACUGUACCAAAUAUAUACAACAAUUGCCAAUAGUUUCGGCACUUUUUCUCUCACUCCAUUUUGUGUUUUGUAACCUACCAAUGUAGAGCAUCAGGAUGAUAAAGGUGUGUGUCUGACAAAGUUUUGCCUGUCAAAAGCUUAUGAAGAAUAUGCUUCUGCUGAAAGAUUUCAGUUUACGACAUUCAUCACUUGAAAACACUGAAAUCCACCAUGCAUGAUUCAAGACCAAUAUUUCCAUAAUUUGUACAUAUUCGUGUUUAAUUUUAUGUAUGAAUGUUUUAAAAUACCGGAAUAUAGCAGAGGUGUUAUUGGCAGCUGUUACACGGCUAAGCAGGUGUGUGUGUGUGUGUGUGUGUGUGUGUGUGUGUGUGUGUGUGUGUGUUUGAGUGAGCGCGAGUGAGAGUGUAUCGCCUGUCCUGCAGCGCUUAUGGAAAAUCGACAGGUUUUUGAAAGCGCAAGAGAAAACUUUGUGUUCUUAUUCAUCUGAGGACAACGAACAGACAGACAGUGUUUUAUUAAUUUAUUAUAGACAUGUGCAUAAACCACUCAAUUUUAAAUCAGUUCAUUUCAGGAUGGAACAUGGAUCCCAUGUGUAGGCCUAUCACGGGGAUCUCUGGUCGGGAUUCAGUACAAGCUUGGCUGGCUGUCGUCCAUGACGAAGAAUGUUCAAAUGUGUUAAGCAGGCCAAAUCUUUCUCAUCUGUCCGACAACAUACCCAAGGGUUAAGAUUUAGGACGUGAAGAGCAGCACUGUGUACGCGGAAACUGACAGCUAUCUAGCUCUCCUAAGAAUAGAUCUGAGUUAUAUGCCAAAUGUGUGAAAAAUCAUAUUUCAGAGAGAAAUGAGGAAAAGUUCUGUCACAUUCUAAAUCACUUCCUUUUUUACAGCCAUAUUGAUUUCUAUACAUUUGUUUUACAUUUCAUGCUGUAGAUUAUAAACAAAAAAAGCUAUUCAUGUUUGUUUCCCCAAAAUAAAAAAUAUGUUUAAUCGUGUAUUCCUCCAGCUAUAGCAACUUGCUUUGAUCUGUGCUCCUUGAAAGUGAUGCCACAAACCGGACUCAUUCUAGCCAACUGCUAACAAUAGUUUACAUAGCAUGCUAUCUUUAUUUUAAUAUUACAUCAUAUAAAUACAAAAUACUGUUUCCUAUCUCAGCUUAAGAUGCAGAAAAUUAAAUAGGAAUCAAUACUUCUGACAUUUAUUCAGUCCCAGUAUUUUGUGCUUGUGAGCACAUUUUAUAUUAACUUGAUAAUGGCAUGAGUAGGUUAUCAGUCAACACUCAUGCCUUGCCUUGUUGGCUUGAGCACAAACAACGCUGAUCCGAUCAUUUCUUUUUCAUUUGCAAUAACUAAUGAAGAUGCACCCCCGAUCAUUUUCAAAGCUAACUUCUGGUGAACAGGAAAGGACACUUUGCAGCUCUCAUACUACGCCGUGUGUGAAUUUAUGGAAAGAGCUAGGCAAAUAGUGGAAACUGUAUCCAAGGUUCUGUGUGCUGCUAGACUGAAGCCCAGCAACUAUUGUGCUUUCUAUAGAAAGGGGCUUACAAGCUCAAUAAAUCCAUUGGUUAAGCUUUAAUCCAUCAAGCAUGUGUAAUUAGCUAUGUUCGAUUAGCUAGCACUGCAGUGAAGCCAGGGAUAAUCGCGAAUCAUGCAAAGAGUGGGUCAAACCUUCCCUGCUCAAGACCUGCGCCUCUCUGCCUCACCGACAGCCGUGAAUAUCUACAAUCUCAUAACUUUCCUAAUUUACAGUCAUACCCAUCGCCCUCAGAUACGCUGCCGCCUCUCUGAAACAGGAGAUUCAAUUAAUCAGGUGAUCAAUUAAUGUGGAAAGGUUUUUCACAGUGUUCUCAGUUUUCCCCUGGGGCACGUCGCAACAUGUGUGGAAUGAUUGCGAGCCGGACCCUGGGAAUGUGCCACAGUGGGUAAGAACACUGGUCUGUCCUGCAGUUGGCCUCUCAUCACCUCAUGUUGUAGAGGCAGACACAUGACGUUGUUUUCAAGCAAAAAUGCUUCAAACACGCAUUAUUUGAAAGAAAUAUUAAAACGUAUAGAAACCCAAAGAACAAUAUGUAGUAAGUGGGUGGUUUUACCCUCUCAUGUGCUUUCUGUGACCUUCAUGUCCCUCUGGGAUCCUCAUAUUUCAGCCUACGAGCUAACUGAGCCAGUGACUCCUCGAGUGAAUCUCUCAGUGCUCCCCUCUCCUACCGGGCCGUUUAUGCAUCCCUGCUGACUUUGCUGUCAAUGUCAAAUGCUUGUUAGGACAUCAUCAAUCAUCAACACUUAGGAAUAUUCUCAGAACUUUAAAGGCAGGCGAUACACUGAGAAAAGAGAAGGUGAGAAGAGCUAAGGGAACAGCAAAUGUUCGUAAGUGUUCAUCUGUUAGUUUAGGAUGCACUUCCAACAGUUAACAACUGAUCUUUUGAGGCGCUGACUGAACAUUGAGAAUUUUACAGUGUGUUUCAUUAGAAGCGAAGAGUGUUAGCUCUCAAAUUCCAGCCAUCUGCCUGUCUUUUUUUAAACCCACAAGUUGUCAGGGCUCUAUAUCACUCUGUCUAAGGAAGAGUGAGUGCAUUGUUUCUCUUGUCUGCAGGCGAGAUUUUGCAACUUUCUCUGGUGUAGAUUAUCAUCAGAUAAAUAAACAGACUCCUCCAUCAGGCCAAGAAGUGGAAGACAGAGAUUCAUUACUGAGGGCCUGCAGACAGGCGGGUACAGGCUUACACUGUCUCGCCAAAGGAAGUAGCUCAACUUGAACAUGCAUUUCUCACAGUCAGUCUAUAAAUCUGCCACUCUAUUUUAUUUUCUAAUCUUAGUUCCCCACAUUUCCCUGUCCUUCUCGCUUUCAAUUCCAUUAUCUCUCUCUCUCUCUCUCUCUCUCUCUCUCUCUCUCUCUCUCUCUCUCUCUCUCUCUCUCUCUCUUUCCCACACAAAGGUAGUGAAUCUUUUUUAGCCAUCUUGCCUCAAGUUAAUUUUUUAGAACUUAUAGUCAGGGCUCAAGGGUACUGACUAGUGACAACCAAAUGUUUCACUGGCUCCUGGAACAGACAGGGGCCCAUAUUUACCCUAGAAUGCAUAAUGGGUGCCAAACUGACCGAGUUGGGAGUGAUUUAUGGAAUCUUUGUUUACAAUAAAAAAAAGUUAAUACCUUUUAAUAAUCCAUGCAUUCCUCAUAGCUUGUGUGAACCUUAUCUGUAUGUGAACCUCAUGAAUGUUAUUUGCAUAUUUAUUGUUUUUAGACACAGAAAAGAUUGGUACUACAAAUUUUUGUAAAGAUGUCCACAUAUGUAUUUCCUAUAGAAUUUUGACCAUGGUUUUUUAUUUUGUAGAAGUAAUACAGUAUUUAUAUUUUUAUAUUUAUUUUAUAUUAAUGUUAUUUUUUUCAGUAUAAAGUAAUAGUAAUGUAUUAUUGUUGCCGAUAAUAUUUAUUUCCUACAUUUUUGUUUGUAAUGAUGUCAAAUUAAUUUUUUGUGUUUUAUGACAAACACUGUAUGAAAUUUAUGUAAGGGUCAAUAUCAUUUUCUAUCUUUACCAUAUAUGAUUUCAUACAUAUACAGUACUACCAGACAAAGUUUGGCCACACCUAGAUUCAUGUAUCUUGUGAUCUAAAAUAUUACAAGUAGGCCUGUUCAAAAUUUUGAAUGGUGCUAGUAUAAUUCCCUCAAAAGGAAGCAGUGUAAAAAGCUGAAAAUGUUUUUGUGAGAUAUGCCGGACCUCCCAGUAAUUAAAAUUUCUCACAUAAACAAGUUAUAGAUAUAAAGUUAUAGUGACAAUCCAAUAUGGUUAAUUUUGACCCCCUUUAUAUAUAGUUAUAUUAAACAUAUAGUUUAUACAUAUAGGUUUUUUGGGGGGUCAUGCAUUCUUGGGUUAAAAUAAAAAUCAUGAUAUUUUACUUUAUGAAUCUUUUCAUCCUGCUUUUUCUCUUACUAAUCAAGUCACCAUUUUCCUUUCUACACUGCUACUUCCCAUCUCCACUCUUAAGUCCCCAUCUGCAAUAGACAUGUUUAGAUUAAAAGCGUGGAAAGUCAUAAAUAUGAUAAACGAGAAAGGGUUGGAAUAUUGGACCAGCUGCUCCACAUGCUCGGUCAUCUCUUGCAAUCUCUCCAUGUUUAUACACUCACUUCCCCCUGUUCCUUCUUUACAGAGUUGAAAAUGUCAAAAUGAAUAUAUAUUUAAAAGCUGCAUUAAGUUAGACACAUUGACACAGACCAGAUAAAGAGAGGCCUCCUACUGACAAAUAGGCCUCUGGUUGGCUGCAUUAUGUAUGUUAAAUGGUCAACUUAGGACCUAGAAUGAGUGUCGUGAGUUGUGAGCUGGGAUGUUUUUAAUUGUGGCACAGGUGGUGCGGUCUGAGAAAAACCAUAUUGCAAAGCUUUCACCUGUUAGAACUUCUCUCAAACGUCCUGUAAAUCCAUCAGUAUACUGACUAAAUGACCUUUUAUAAUUUUUUUAAUCUUUCUUUUUCUCCUUCCCUACUGUUACAGGCUUGAUGACAUCAUGUCCAGAUAUCAAUCCCUUCCUUUCCAGAUACUCUUCUUCCUCCCUAUUUUCCUCUUCACCCUCUUCCCUCUCUCCCUUCUUUCUCCUCUUCUUUCUCAAUCUCCUCUCAGCUGGACCUCUCCUCAUGACCCCUGCUACCACCUGGAUGGGCGUCCACGCCACUGCCUAUCUGAAUUCAUCAAUACGGCCUAUGGGGUGCCUGUGACGAUAGAGGACCUCAAGCAAGGACCCAAGACGAACAUCGGCACUUUAACAGAUCUUCAUAACCACAACAAUCUCACGUGCUGGACGGCUGCCGAAGGCUCGGAGGGUGGGGAUUGGACUUUAACAGUGCCCCUUGGCAGACGCUUUGAAAUCACUUACAUUAGUCUUCAGUUUUGUCAACAGGUGGAGUCGGUGGAAUCCUACUCCAUGUCCAUCUUGAAGUCAAUGGACUUUGGCCGGAGCUGGCGCCCCCUACAGUUUUAUUCAAGCGACUGCAUGGGCACAUUCGGCCGUCCAGUGCAAUCCAUCGCUCAGACAAAGCACCAGGAGACGGAGCCGCUAUGUUCAGAUCCCAGACCAUUGCAGAAGCAUCGUGGAAAUGUCAUGCUGGCCUUCUCGACUUUGGAUGGACGUCCUUCCUCGCCAGAUUUCGAUUACAGUCCAGGGCUCCAAGAUUGGGUGACUGCAACAGACGUAAGGAUAGUAUUUCACCAGUCGUUGGAUAAAAUGAAAAAGCAAGAAGAGAAACUGAACAAAGUGAAUGGCACAUUUAGAUCGAGGGAAACAGGAGACAAAGCUCUGAGGUUUGGUGAGAAAAACACUGGAGUUAAGACAUCUGAAAUUUGGAGAAACAGGCAAGAAAAACAGACUUCCAAGCAGAGAAUUAGAAAGAAAAGCACUGUGCACCAAAGUGGCCACAAUGUUACUCGAAAGGAGAUGGGACCUCAAGGCAGAGUGGGAAGGGGACGUAAGAAGGACAGUUACAAGCCAUGUCAUGAGGGCACAUGUGAUUGGUCCCUAAAUAUCCCGAAGCAGGGCUCCAAAGGGCAAGAGUUGAGGAGAAGAAGAAACAAUGCAGGGAGGGGGAAGUCCCAUUCUAAAUCGAGAAAAAAUGCCCCACGCAACCUCGUUUCAUCAUCUCUUUAUGCCCCAUUGAAACCCUCCCUUGCGCUUUCCGACCUGCAGGUGGGCGGCAGAUGCAAGUGCAAUGGCCACGCCUCUCGCUGUCGACGAGACAACCAGGGACGUGCCAUGUGUCAGUGUGAGCAUCACACAUCUGGGCCGGACUGUGAUGUGUGUGAGCAAUUUUUUUACGAUCGCCCGUGGCAACGGGCCACGCCCAGCCAACCACACCCGUGCGUCCCAUGUGAAUGUAAUGGUCACUCAACUAAGUGUAGGUUCAGUAUGGCCGUGUAUCAGCAGUCUGGUCGAGUCAGUGGAGGCAUUUGUUUGAAGUGUCGGCAUCACACAAUGGGACACCACUGCCAGUUCUGCCAGAACGGAUAUACGCGAGACCACAGCAAACCGCUCAGCCACCGCAAGGCCUGCCAGCCAUGCAAGUGCCACCCCAUGGGUGCAGUGGGCCAUUGGUGUAACCAGUCCACAGGACAGUGUUUGUGUAGAGAAGGAGUCACAGGACAGAGGUGUAACCGUUGUGCCCCGGGAUACAAGCAAGGUCAUUCCCCUCUCCGGCCAUGUAUUCGUAUUCAGGAGUUUGCACCACCCACCCCAGUUUACCAGCCUCAGUACAGCAUUGAUGAGGAAUGUCUUUCUUACUGUCCACCUUCCCAAGCAAGAGUCAAAAUGAAUUUAGAGACAUAUUGUCUCAAGGACUAUGUGCUUAAGGUGCAGGUCAAAAGUAAGGAACGUUCUGGUCCCUGGUGGCAGUUUUCCAUAUUGGUGCAGUCAGUUUUUCGCAUGGGCUCUUCACAUGUGAAGCGAGGCAUUCAGGCCCUCUGGAUUCCAGAUCGGGACCUGAGCUGCGGUUGUCCUGCGCUUCAGAUAGGCCGCACCUUCCUCCUGAUCGGAGGGGAGGAAAGUGGACGGAGUUGGGUCCCAGAGGAGAGGCGGUUAGUUGCAGACCGCAGCACAAUGGCUUUGCAGUGGAGGGAACAUUGGAGCCCCAAAUUAAGAGGCUUCCGCGGGCAGGACACCCGAGGAAAGUGCCCACAGGGAAACACCACUGCACAGAAACACUCUCACCCAAGCUCAUACGAAGAAUACACACCCCCACAUCUUAACAAACUGCACUCUGAGCCACACAGACCAAAUAAAAAUACACAUACGGUGCAUAAACAGUAUCGUUUAACCACACAAUCUGGCGGAUCAGACCUCACACACACAUACAAAAGAGAAGGAACUCAGGGCAUACAAAGAAAAGACACAGAAACACACCUUGAGGAGGACAGUAAGGCUGAAAACGUCACUCAGGAAACACAGCAUGUGUUGCAGCACACCCAGGAUCCUUUCUCAGGUACUUCAAAGACGAGUCAGGCCAAUGAGCAAGAGCAGUACCACCCGACAGCAUGUCCAACGUGGUCACCUGGGCCAGCUGUCUAAUAAAAAUAGAUAUGGUGAGCAGGAAUAGGAAAGAAAGUUAAAGUAAUAGUAAAAAAAAGACAAUUUGCUAAAAAAUAUACUUGCUCUCAGGACAUCCAUCAUGAAGAUGAAUUUGUUUCUUCAUGGGAAAAAAAUUGGAGAAAUUUAGCAUUACAUCACUUGUUCACCAAUGGAUCCUCUGCAGUGAAUGGGUGCCAUCAGAAUGAGAGUCCAAGAAACAAACUCAUCUACAUCUUGGAUGACCUGAGGGUGAAUAAAUGAACAAAUUUUCAUUUUUGUGAACUAUUCCUUUAAGAAAAGCCUGCGGUGGGCUUGAGCUCAGACAAAUGCAUGGUGUGGAAUAUUUCAGUUGUCUCUAAUCUAGGCAGUUUCACAGAGCCACUCAUAACAAUUGAAUAUUCACAGACUUUUCUGUGAGUAUCUGAGUAUUUGUGUAUGUUGUGCUAUAUAUUCAUCACCAGAUUACAAAAUUAAUUUCUAUUAUUUUUUCAGAUCAAACAUGCAAGUAUUUUUCAUGUCACAUGCUCUGAGAAAGAAAUUUUGCACCUUCCCUCCAGAAAGAGAUGAGUCUAAUCCAAAAAUUGAAAGACUGAAAAUCACCAUGUUUUCUCAAGAUGUUACUUAAAUUGCAUCCUGUUCAGUCCAAAGUAUUUAGUCUGACAGUGAGACGUGUGAGACUCUUAUUGCUGGAUUGUAAGAGGCACAUUGUUUUCAGAUCAGCAGCUGACAAAUCUUAUCCAAUCUGGUCUCCAUCACUGACUGACAUGUUAAGUGUGGCUAAAGAUUGUGUGCACACAGUAAGUAAUUACAUUUUUUAUUGUUUUUGUAAAUUCCUGUGGCUAGAACACACACGCACACACACUCACACACACACACAUACACACACACAUAUAUAUAUAUAUAUGAAUCACAUUGGCAGUGAAUUCAGAAUUCAGACUGUAUAAAAGAUCUUUAAUAUGGUGCCUUUUUUAAGUCUUAUUACUUGUGAAUAUUUUAAGCUAUCAUAUAAUAUGUAAAUGUUAUAAUUUUUUGUGUAACAAAAUGUGACAAAUGAACGCUCUACCUCAUAAUAAAUAUUGUUAACAAGCCUGGUAAAGUAGUUUAUUUAAUUAAUACAUUUUUAAUAAAUGUUUUCAUUUCAAAGAAUAGAAGGUAAAAAAAAAAAUCUGUGGAAAAAUGUACGAAAAUGAGAGGGAAAGAUAACAUGAUUCAUUUAUAGGAAAAAAAAAAAAGUCAAAAUGAAACAGUUCACGCACAUGAGACUGAAGGGGGAAAGACAAAUGGAGAGAGACCGUAAAAGCGAGCGAACCGGCCAGUGAUGCACCUGCUUCGUUUGCACAGGAAACACCUGUUCCCAGCCUUCCUGCCUGGCUGACUGACGACAGUUAAUUUAGUGUAAAAAAAAUCUCCCACAGCUUGAAGUGCCAAACUGCCCCGCGCUUGCCUUGUUUUGAGAACAAUAUUGCAGGAAGUCUUACUCGCUAACUCUCGUGCCCUAAUAUCCACAUGUCCUUUAUUUUGUCUAGCAGCCAAGUCCGUGUAUCGGGUUCACACUCUAUCAGAGCCCCCGUGGGGACACAGUUGUGAGAUGUUUAGAUACAUGGCAUGUGUGACAUAUUAUUCACAUAUGUCCCAAACUCACCUGUGUAUUUAAUCAUGAAUUUACAGUAAUGUUCUGGGUUCCGUACAAGCUCAAUAAUCGACAGCACCUGUGGAAUAAUGUUGAUUGCCACAAAAACAAACUUCCUCUCACCCCUCCUUUUCUUAAAGAAAAAAAAAAGAGAAAGAAAAAUAGAAAAAAAUCUUAAAGUGGAAGUGAGGGAGCCGAUCUGUAAACGAUAAAAUACUGUUUAGGAAGUCAAGCAAGACGUAAAGCUUGUUAACACGAUUAUAGUGUAAAAAUAAAUCGCUUAAUCUUCUCUGUGAAAAGUUAUAUCCCAUUGUAGGAAUGUCUUACUAACAUUUUCUGUUGUAAAGCUAUAUUUCACUAUAGAAAUCAUUUAGGCUACUAACCUUUAUAUCCCAUUUGAAUCAGCGCAUAUCACUUACAGGUUUUAACAGAACAAUUAAUGUAAGUGGUUUUAUAAAAUUCUAAGCUUCACAU